AUGGACGCGUGGACGACGAUGCUGGACCUACCCUCGUACCUCUACCUCGCCUGGAAGAGCAUGGCGAUGCUCCACCUCAUGUGCUGCGUCUGCAUCGGCCUUGUCCAUGUCGCCAGCGCCAUGAGCGACAAGGACGACCUCCGACGAUACCUGCCUUGUCUCGCGGUACUGCCGCCACCGACGCCCAUCAAGACCAUCACGAUCUCCAAGCAGUGGACGACGCGCUACAAGCUGGCCGACGGCCGCGAAGUCGUCACGAGCCAGACCUUGACGUACGACGAGCUGGCGUCGGCAGCGACCGACACGGCGACGCGAUCGGCCUAG